UUCUAAAUUUGUUUUGAUUCAAACCGGUCAGUGGUGAGGCCACUGUUGUCCAGAAAACCUGAGAAGACGCACACAGCCCAACCAGGAGAUCAAAUUGUCGUGGAAAUUAGCAAGGAAACACUCGCAGACCUCUGAAGUCCUCUGAAGUUGGUAUGGAAUUCGAUGAAACAACUUUUGUCACCUUCAUCAACCCCAACUACUUCCCUGGCAAGUUGUGGCGUUUGGUGAACGAUCCUCAGAUUCGCUCAAUCUGUUGGGACGCCAGCGGGGAAGGAAUACUCAUCCAUCAGCAACCCUUCGAAGCUGAAGUGCUAUUGUCCCAACCUAGGCAUUUGUCUGAGUACUUCAGAACGACUGACUUCAUCAGUUUCGUUCGCCAGCUGAACCUGUACGGCUUCAGAAAAAAAUGCACAGACCGUGACGUCUCAGACAAGCAACCCAACAUCUCAUCCAUUAAGGCCCAACUGCACCACUUUUACAACCCGUACUUCAAACGGGAUAAGCCUGAGCUUCUACUCAAACUAAAGCGACUCACGCGUCUCAACAGGGCCAAGCUCGCCGGGAUAGAGGUGACCAACAGGAAGCCAAAACAUUUCCAUGAUGUGAUGCUGAAUUCGCCACAGGAAACCUCUGCCUUAAUGAAAACAGGUUCAGUCUUGCUUGGACGUCAGGGCACUCCUUACCACCAUCCCUGUAAUGGCCCUCAGCAGGAGAAGAGGUUCAACACACCUCAUCACUCACAGCAUGGGUUUUACAUACCAGUGAAUCAGUGCCGUAGCCCAGACUUCUUGGAUUCAAAAGUGCCAAGCUUUCAACAACCAGCUGCUUCCUACUCUCCUUGUGGCUAUUACCCUGACUACUCAGUCGGAUACGCUCAUCUGAUUGAUCAGGAUCCAUACUGGAAAGCAGGUGAUAUUCCAGAGUCCAGGACGAGUGACAUGAAAGAGAAAGAGGAGCUGGACGAUAUUUUAAAUCUGGUGGAAGAAUUACAGGCUGAAGUUGAUGCCCGGAGGUUUCUGCAGCUAUCAGUCACCUAUUAAGACAGCUUGAUUGGGUGUUACGAAGCCGGUCUAGGUCAGGCCGCAACAUACAAUAAAUUUUUAUCGCACAAUCUUUUUUUAAAACUUAUAUUUCAACUAUAUUCUCAGCUCUUCUUAUUUCAUACUUCUUGUGCUUGUCCACUCUUUUCCAGUCUCUGGCUGUAUUUCAAUUUUGUCAGUCUGACUCCAUGAGUACAUGUUUGUACUUGCUGAUAAGUGCUACUAUGUACACAAGAUAAUUUGCAGUGCACUGGAAGCAGAGGGUACGGGCUCGCUCAUCCAGGCAGAAAUAAAAGAGAAGCCAGCCCUGCAGAUGUGAUAAUUGACUCUAGCUGCUGUGGUUAGAUGAGAGACAGAGAGUUAGAUGAGAGACAGAAGGCCAGAAGCAAUGCUGUGUGUUUCCAUUGUGAUCGUUGCUAUAAAAAUAAAAAAAAUAAAUAAAAACUCUCCCAAGGUGGAAAAAUAAUCUGCCAAACAAAAUGAAUAAAAAAGAUAGAGACUGAAUGCAGUCGAUACAAAAAAAAAAUCAUUUGUAAAAUAGACAUUUGAUUGAAUGACAGUUUAUAGUUUUUAUGUGUAUUUUAACCAUGGGGAAACCAUGACAACAUGAUGCUAAAUGGCACGACAGAGGUUGUCGGGGACAUUAAACAUCCAUCACGCCGAGCAGGAAAAAACUUUGCAGAUAAACUCAGGGCUCUACAGUGCGACCAUUUCACUCGUAUUUGUGACUGAAAAGUAUUUUAUGCGACUGUGAAUAAAUAUUUAUUUGCACCGGUGCGAGUGACCUGUUCAGACCUGUUAAUCGGAAUAAAAACUACAGGAAGUCCAAAAUACAUCUACACCGCGUUACUUUCACACUGCUUUUCAUCUCCUCAGUCAGCCGAACAAGUGUGGAAAUACUGCAAAG